AUGAAUAUUGAAAAGUUGUGUAGCUUGGAAGGUACAACACCUUCGGAUGAUCAUAAGAAACGAUCACAGAUUGCUGGCAUGUUUCAAAAAUUAAUUAAAGAAGAAAAUGAUGUCAAGGAGUUAGAAAAACAUAAUGGAUUUGCAAAUAUUACAAAUUUAAUAGCAAGUUCUGAUGCAACAACAAGAAAGAGAGCUGUUGCUACCUUGUGUAACAUUUCUGCAAUUGAGCAAUGUGGUUCCGUCAUGAGAAAGCACACACUCAUUGAAAGUUUGUGUGAAAGAAUGAAGCCAGAACAUCAAGAAGAUAUUUCCGUAUUGGAAAACAUUACUUGUACUUUUUUGAAUACAUUUAUUGAUGAAAAGAAUAGAGAAUACUUUGUUGGAUUAGGAAAAGUCAAUGAAUAUUUGAAUAAUAUGAUAAAGACAUUAGAAGAAUUAGUUUCUAGUGGAUUAGUUGACGAGCAGAAUGUAACAACUAUUUAUAAUUUACUAAUUGCACUCUCAUCUCUUUGUUUAGAAAGUACAAUUGGUGAACAGGUUAUGAAAUUAGGUGGAGUUACUUUCCUCUGUUCAUUGAUUUGUAAAAUCAAUGCAGGUAGUGAAGAAGAUCACCCACAGGAAAUAAUUGAAGGUGUGACUGCCUGCUUGUGGAAUUUAUUAUUGAUUGAAAAUGUUAAAAGAUUUGUCAUGAUUCCAAAUUUGAAUCAAAAUACUAUUGACACAAAGAUCCUAGUGGAAAAGUUAAUCAUAUUAUCUAAUUCUAAAUUUGCGAAUGUGAAGAGAAAUACUUCACAUAUCAUUCAGAUUCUUUCAUCUAAACUUAUUUUAUCUCCAAGAAAUGAAAAGUCUGGCAAUAACAAUACUCCUUCCACUAAUAAUACUCCUGUCAAUGACAAUUUAUUCGAAAGUAGUGAAAUGAUCCAAAAAUUACUCACAGAAAUCAAACAAUCCGCAAGUUCUAUCAAAAUUAACGAUAUUGAACAAGUGAAAACAUCCAGUGGUAUUCUAUGGAAUAUGGCUGGAAAUAGUCGCGAAGUUAGAGACAAAAUAAGAGAACAGAAAGGUUUAGAAAUUCUUUGCAGUAUUAUUUUGACUGCUCUCAAGUUGUCAUCUAAGAAUAUGAAAAUGUAUAGAGAUGUUGUCUAUAAAGUGACAGGUGCCAUGGCCUCACUUUCUCUAGAUGAAGAGAAUGCGUUGAUUAUGGGUAGUAAUUCAAAUCUCAUACCAUCUUUGCUCAACUCGUUACAACUUUAUCCAAUUAGUGAAAGUGAUAAUUUUACAACUUUGGAAAACGUUUUAACAUUGUUAAACAAUUUGUCAAUUGUAAAGGAAAAUAGAAAGCAAAUCUAUGAAUUGAGAGGUAUUCCUAUUGUUAUUCAAUUUUUGAAGAGCUACAAAUCACUUCAAGAAUUGAAAAUUGCUGAAAAAGCAUCAAAUAUUCUUACAAAUAUGGCUAUUGAUGACGAAUCUUCAAAUAGUAUCCGUGAAGAAGGUGGUAUCGAGUCAUUGGUUUCUAUUGUAUCCAUUGAUCCCGUUAAGGAGGAUAUUGAGACAUCAGAAUCACCAAUUGUUGAUGUUAAUAAUGUUAAGAAGAAGGCUGCCCAUACAUUGUGGAAUUUAAUGCUCCAAGAUGAGAAUCUUAAGAGAAUCGAAGAAGUUGGUGGUUUGAAACCUCUUGUUCAUCUCCUUCCUGAAACUAAUUUGGAAGAAUUGGUAGAAUCUCAAUUAAGAAAAAAGGAAGAGGAAGUUCUAUCAGAUAUUUCAUCAGAUGAUGAAGAUGACGAAGUCAAAUCAACAAAUUCUUCAACUGAUGAAGAGGAAGUUAUGGCUUUUGAAAGACAAAGCUUAAGCGUUCAGGUUGAGGAGGUUAACAAUGACUUACCUGAAGUAAAGACUCCUGAAAAACCUGUCUACCAACCUCCUCAAACACCAUCCAGCUCUCGACCAACAAGAGAACAAAGUGCACAAGUAAGAAACAUUUUGAGACAUUGGGGAAGUAUUUCUGGAGAGGAAGAUUCCAUAAUUCAGGGGUUCAAUGCUUCAGAGCCACUUGUAUCUCCAAAGAAAGAACCAGAACCUGCUGUUGUAGUUAUUGAACCUGUUAAAACUCCAGCAAAAGAGGAAAAGAAGGAAGUUGUCAUUCCAACAGACAAGUUCAAGAAGGCAGCAGCAGUUCAUGUUCAAAAGCAGGACACUGAAAACCUAUCCUCUCCAGUUAAGGAGAGAAAAUUCUCCUCUGUUAUCAAAACUGAAUCUACUGUGAAACCAACAAUUGAGAAAAAGAAGCCAGUUGUCACUAUUUCAAAGGGAGAACCAGCGAUUAUUGAAUCCACAAUGAAAUAUGUUGAAGAAAAACCUUCAACUCCUAAACAAGUUCCAGUCCAAAAAGCAACCCCAACUGUGAAACCAACAGAAGAAGUUGAGGAAGUAAAGAUUAAGGAACCAGAGCAAGUUAAACCUGAACCUAUUGUAGAAAAGAAACCUGAAAUAGUUAAACCUAUUAUCAAAAAUGUUGAACCAAUACCAGAACCAAAGAAAGUUGUGGUAGAAACACCAAAGGAACAAGCAAAACUUCCAUCUCCUGCCACACACGAAAAGGUUCAUAUUCCAUCUCUCAAUCUUCACACACAAGAACCUGAACAGGCAAUCACUCCAAAGACUGCAAACGAUUUCCUUAACAAAUCUUCACCUUCUUUGGGAGUAGAUGUUGUGAGUGAAUUCACAGGAGUGGACUCAGAUUCAGAUUCACAACUCGAUGACACAACACCAAGUGCCUUCGAAGCUUCAACAUUUAUCGAGGUCACUCAAGCUCAAAACGAUUCUGACUCUGAUUCUGAUGUAAUGGUGGAUGAAAAUAGAGAUGAUAUGGAUAUUUUGGCAAAUAUUGGAGUUCAAUCUCAUGAUUACUUGGACGAUAUGGAUGAUUUGAGUGUUUCAACGGCAGAAAAGAAAACUGAAACUCCAAACAGUACUCCAAGACAGCCACUUACUCCAAAGAAACCUAAUGGAGAAAUUACUUUGGAUCGUCGUGUUGAAAAGAUAACUAACUUUUACCAAUCUGAAAAACUAUACUUGAGUAUUUUGGAAAUUAUUGACAAAUACUUAGUUACCAAUGAAAACAUCAAACAAUACAUUGGAAAGCAAGAACAUAGCGAGAUAUUUAGUGAUUUUGAUUGUAUCAGAAUGAUAAACAAGGACUUGUUUACAGAAUUAGAAAAUGUUUACACAACAUGCAAUGAUGAUCCAAAGAAGAUUGAUGAAAUUCAAAUUGGUAGAUUAAUUUUGAAGAGAGUACCAACUAUGAGAUUGUACAAGACAUACUCUAACAAUUUAGAAAGACUUUUACAAACCCUUGCUGAGAUUGAAAGCAAGAAUACUGCAUACAGUUCUUACUAUGAUAAGACUGUCCUCCCAGAAUUGGUUGAAGCCAUUUCUGAAUAUCAAAAGGAAAAUUACAAAUACAACCCAAUUACUCAAAACUCUGCAAGAACCAGAGGACUCAGUGUUUAUGCAGGCGCCUCACAAUCAGUAUCAUCUUCAAGCAGUAAUAGACUUAGUAUUAAUCUUUCAGGAGGUGGACCAAUGGGUACACCUUUGGGUAUUGGAAGCACUAUUUUCAGUAAUGGUUCUGUUACCUUCAGAGCAGGAAAAUCUAUAAUCAAAUUGUCAGAUGUCUUGUCAAAGAUUCCAAUCGAAAGAGUACAAUUCUAUGGUAACUGGCUGCAAGAAAUGGCAUUCAAAUUAUCAGAUUCAACCUAUCCUGAUCAAAAAUGUUUACAUGAAGCCUACGAUCAAAUGCAAGCUAUUUCGGACCAUUGUCUUGAUAAGUUUACUGAAUUGGAAAAGCUUGAACAAUUCAGCCAAAUGCUUGCUGGUAAUCUGCUUUCACAAAAUAGAAAAUAUUUUGUCAUGGAUAAUUUGGGAUUCCCAGAACCACAAAAUCUCAACGAAUACAAACUCUAUCAACAAUGGAAGAAAUCCUACACUUCAAAAUCUAAAAAGCUUGAAAAGGAAUGGACCAAGAAGAAUAUCAAUGAAAUGCUUUCAAAUCCAAGCGGAAUUAAGAAUCUCAUUAAGAAAUAUGGUAUCAGUCCAAUAUUUAGACCUAGAAUUUGGAUGGAAAUCAGUGGAGCUCAACAAAAACUAAAUGAAAACACUGGCUACUACAAGAAGAUUCUUUCCGUUCAUGGAAACAAGAAUAAGACACCAUGGUUAGACCAAAUUGAAAAGGACUUGAAGAGAACCUAUGUUCAACACCCAUACUUUAACAAUGACGAAAAGGUUCAAGCUGCUUUGAGAAGAGUUUUAAUUGCUUACUGUUGGAGAAAUCCUCUCGUCUCCUACUCUCAAAGCUUCAAUUAUAUUGCUGGCUUAAUGUUACUCCACUUGUCAGAGGAAGAAGUUUUCUGGUUGUUUGUUGCAAUUUUGGAAGAUUAUUUACCUGCCAACUAUUACUCACCAGAGCUGAAGGGUGUACUUGUUGAUGCCAUGGUAUUUGAUGAAUUAUUGAGUGUAAAUUUGUACAAGUUAGCUUGCCACUUCAAGUCAAUAGAUUUUGAGAUUUCCACUUUCACAAUGUCCUUCUUUAUGAAACUAUUUACUGUGGAUUUCCCAAUUGAAACAACUUUGAGAUUCUGGGAUGCAUUCUUAUGUUAUGGAAGUCAAAUGAUGUUCAGAACUGUUUUGGCCAUUCUCAAAUUGAAUCAAGAUGCUCUCUUAAAGACCACAGAUGUUUCUGAAAUUAUGUUAACAAUGCAAGAUAUUGUUAAAACUCAAUUUGAUUGUCAAAAGAUUAUGAAGACAGCAUUCGGUUUCUCAAAGAUUACACACGAAAAGGUUCAAACAUUGAGAAAGAAGUACACUCCUCUCAUUGAUGUCGAAUUAGAAAGACAACGUGAAUACAGAAGAUAA